AAACAAUAAAUUCUCUGAGAUACAUUCAUCUAAUCUGUGGUAAUGAUAGGAAUCUCUGUGUACCCAGAUAAUAGGUUAGUAUUUUUGGACUUCAGCCAAGAAAAAGCUAAUCCUGGGUUAUGAUUUAAGAAUGAUAAAAGACUCAAGCACUAAAAAUUUAAAUUGCUGAACCUUUUUUUUUUUUUUUUUUUAGCUUGACACAUUGUGGUCUGCUUGUCCAUCUGUUGACAGGUCAUCUGGACCAUAGUUCUUGCUGUGGCUACUUUUAAGACAACUUAGAGGGUAUUGGACCUUGAAACUGCCUUUCCUAAGUAGAGAACAAAACUAUACAACAACUUCUAUGCUGAAGUGCUGAGGAUAUUUGUAGUAACUCCUAAACAGAAAGCCAAACUAGAGAUCUUCAGUCAUAGGCUUUAUGACAGCAUUUGGGGAAAGGAGGCUUCAUAUGUGUUUCAAUCUAGGAGAAGAAGAGAGAGAAUAGUACAUAUACCCAUGUGUUGUCGUGUAGCAUGAUUCUCCAGUGGAUGGAUGCCUGGGAUGGAUCAUUAAGAAGAAGAAAAUAAUUUACAUUUAUACUAUAACUUAACAAGCAUGGAAAGGGGGAAGUCUGAGAUUUGGUCCUUGACAAUUUCUGGAAAGCACUGUUCAAUCAAGCUAUUCUGGACAUAUUCCAAGUUACCUUCUAGAAGCUGAGGAGGAUGUUGGCUUCACUCCUGCAGCGCUUUGUGCUGGCCCCAGGGAGUGAACAUUCUCAUUCUUCUCGUGGCAGCUGAUUCUUUGGUGCCAGUUUCCAUUUGUUUCCCCUUUUCUCCAUAGUCCUUGUGCAGAAAGGUUUUCACAUUGCAUCCACAUUCUGGGGAUAAACUACGGACUGGAAAUAGAGAUACCUGCAGGGUCAGGAACUGGGCCACAGUUCCCAGAAUGGGUUGUGCCUCAGAAGUCUGUUUCUUUUCUAGAUGGUGAACCCGGAGAGAACUAAGAUGAUAUUUCAGAGGAGUUGCUGCCCUCUCUGUAAACAAAGACAGAAAACCUAAUUCUUCUGAAGAACAUUUGGGUUUGAUUUAAGUACCAAGAGUAAAGAUUGGCUCUUUGUUUGAUUUCAUUCUAAUUGUAUUAAGAGGGAAAAGGAAUUAAACCUUCUAAAAGAAAACAUCACAAAGGGAAAUCAUUGUAAUGUUAGAGACAGAGGUACAGAGCUAUGCAAAGAAAUCAGGAAGUGAAGUAUCUCCCUAGUCUCUGGAAUGUAGGCAUCUGUCCUGGCUUCCAGAUGUCAGGAGGGGCUGAUUCUUCGGUAGGCUCACUAGAAACCUCUGGCUCUUGGCAUGAGUUUCAGAUAUUAACCUUGUUCAGUAAGCCCCAACUUUUUCAGAUGAUAGGUUACUAAAAACAAUGAGGAAUUUAUAUGCCUUGUUUUGUUUAGAAGUCUUUUAAGAUGCAGAGUUCAGAAAGAAAUUCCUCAGACCUAAUUUCUAGUACUUAAGCCAACAACAGCUCUAAAAUGCUAUUUAUUUGUGUCUGUAAGUUUGUACAUAGUAAUACCAACCUCAUAUUGUUGCAGAUUUUUUUUUAUCAGUUUGAGUUUUGUUUUGUUUGAAAUGGUAUGCUUCAGUUGUCAUUUUGUCAUUGCAUUUCAGAUAGCUCAUGGCCUUUUUCUUGUCAUUUUAGCACACCAUAAUCACAAAGUGGGGGGUUGAGGUUUGGAUUUUUUCCUUUAUUUUUGCUAGAAGUUCUUUUAUUCAUUUAUCGUUGUGACUGUAGUGAUGACUAUAUAGAUGCAGAAAGAGUGAAUGGAUGAGUGAAUGAUGGGUUUAAUGCAUCAUUAUUUCACUUGAGUGCUUUUAUUUUUUUUUUGCAGGAUAAUUGUAAAUGUAUAUAUUUUAAUUGCACUGGUACAUUGAACAUGUCAGUGUCUUAUACCACUGGACCAACAGAGCAUUUUCUGGCUAUUGGGUGCCUGAUAAUAAUGUUUUGAUUUUCCUUUGGGACUCAACUAUAUAGGUUUUGUUCCCCCAGCAGUAGGGGGAGUACAAGUGAUCGAUCAUUGAUGUCAUUGCAAUUGUUAUUUUUUAAAAUAAAUUUAUAAAAAUACUAAAAAGUGAUGUGAAUUUUGAGGCAUCUACAUCCCCUGGGUUCUAGGUUGUGUUUAUGAUGUUGAAAUUGUGAUCUCUGUGGACAGACAUGUGAGCUCUGUGGACAGUGUCAGUCACACUUGUAGUGUCCAGGCAUCUUAGCUGUACCUCUCCCCUUGAUCUCUUUAUUCCCUUUUGGCCCUCCCACCCUGCUGAGGAAAUAUUUUCUGUCACCUGCGGGGUGAUCAUAUAUUUCGUCUUAGUGCUACAAGAGUUAAUCAAAAUGCUAUGAAGUAAUUUCAUGAGUAAAAUAGCCCUCUAAACAGCAUUAAUUUAUUAGGUAUUGUAGAACUAAAGAUAGUAAAGAUGUAAUUUUUAGAUUUUGUUUUUAUUUCUGCAGAGAAACAAAACAAAGAUACUUCUCUGAUUGUUAAAAAUCCACAACAUGCUCAUCCUGUUACUGCUUUGUGUGCUCCACGAAUCUGAGCAAUAGACUGGCAACCUCAAAUGUGCCAUUAUCACACAAAAAGUCAGGGAACCAGGAGCUAAGAGAAAAGCAGCCCCGGGAAGCACGCCCACGAGGAACCCAAUAAACCUGCCGUGGGAGACAAUAGAAACAGAAGAAACCCCCUAACGAUUAAGGAAAAGGGCUGACUGUUAACAUAGCUUUAAUCUAACGGUGUUAAAUUUAAAAAUCAUCCUGAGUUUGCUUAAGUCAGAUGCCAAUGGAACUUGUCCGUAGAAGUUCAGAGAUGACCCAAGUUUUUACUCCGGUGAUAUGAGGAAAAGACCACCCUGUUCAUAUUUAUCUCGGUUGAUCUGUUUUAUCAGAGAAGCAUCUUCACCUCCACGUUUCAAGGAAAUUCAAGCGUGCUUUGCUCCUUUGAACUGGCUGCCCUGUCCCGCCUUUCACCCCUCCCCCCCGGAAGCAAGGGCGAAGGCGAUGGGAAGCGGGUGGGCGGUGCCCGCGGCCGCUUUCUAUUGGCGCUGCCCCAAGGAGGCCCGCACUGAUUGGUUGGUAGGGGGGACCCUCGAGGGCCGACGAUGCGGAUUGGCUGCUACGCAAGCAGCCCUGCUUCCGAUAGCGCGGCGGGGUCCCCCUCCCUCCCGCCGCCAUGGCGACUGGCGACCGGGUGGCGGCGCCUCCUCUGUGGCCCAUAGAGGCCCGGUUGGCGGCGCUGCUUCCCGACCUGCUGGUCUUCAGGAAGCCCCAGGGAUCGGACCCAGAGCUCGUCACUGCCCAGGGCGUCCUCCUCGGCGUCCACGUGACGGGGUUUACAGCAUUAAUGGACAGGUUCAGCCUGACCUGCAAGUCGGAACGAGACAUGGACAAACUGGCCCACAUCUUCAGUUAUUACAUUAGUGACAUCGUGGAGCAUGUGCUCUGUUUUGGAGGGGAUAUCCUAAAUAUUACAGGGAAUGUACUCCUGGCACUCUGGACAGUGGAACAGAAUCAACUGAGUGACAUCAUUACUCUGGUGGCAAAAUGUAGUCUGGAGAUACAGGAGAAAUUUGGGAUCUACCAUACCAGAGAAGGCCAGGACCUGCAGCUAAAGAUAGGUUUGUCUGCAGGACGGAUUUCCCAGUUUAUUGUUGGAGAUGAGCAGCGACAGUACCUCUUGGUGAUUGGGCGGGAUGUAGACGAUGUCCAGUUAGCUCACCGUUUGGCUCAAGCAAAUGAGAUUGUCUUGUCCUGGAACUGCUGGAAGCUCUGUGAGCAGUACAUGUUUGAAGUGGAAAUCAUGAGGGAGGAUGAAGCUGUAAAGUUAAGAGACAUGCGGAUCAUAGACCCAUUUGAUUUUGAUGAGCAUUUUGACAAGUGCCUUGAUUAUCUGCCACAUUACCGGACAAGUGCUGACACUCUAAGAGCUGCCCUGGACUUGGAUCCAGACUCUGCACUUGAACAAACCUUGCGGAAGCACAUCAUGAAAAACCUUUUGAAGAAGAUUGAUGAAGGCCAACCUAUGGAGUAUAUAUCUGAAUUCCGUACCGUGACUAUGGUUUUGGUCAGCCUAGAGUUCCACAAGACAGCAUGGAUGUUGCAUUUGUGUCAUCUUAUCCAGGAGGCUGUUUUAUAUAUCUCCACAGUCAUAGAGAAAGGAGGGGGCGAGCUGAGCCGGAUCUUUAUGUUUGAGAAAGGCUGCAUGUUUCUCUGUGUUUUUGGCCUUCCUGGGGAUAAGAAGCCAGAUGAGUGUGCACAUGCCCUAGAGAGCUCCUCCAGCAUCUUCAGCUUCUGCUGGGAGAAUCUUGCUGACACCAAGCUUGUUUCCAUCAGUGUCACCAGUGGACCAGUAUUCUGUGGCAUGGUUGGGGCAAUAGCAAGACACGAAUAUACAGUUGUUGGCCCAAAAGUGAGCCUUGUGGCCAGAAUGAUAACUGCUUAUCCAGGUUUGGUGUCCUGUGAUGAGGUAACAUAUCUUAGAUCCAUGAUACCUGCUUACAACUUCAAGAAACUCCCAGAGAAAAUGAUGAAAAACAUCUCCAACCCAGGGAAGAUGUAUGAGUACCUUGGCCAUAGAAGAUGUAUAAUGUUUGGGAAGAGACAUUUGGCCAGAGAGAGAAAUAAAAAUCACCCUUUGUUAGACCGGGAGAAAGAACUGGAAGCCUUCCAAAUAGCCCAGCAGGGAUGUUUGCACGAGAAGAAGGGACAAGCAGUUCUGUAUAAAGGUGGAAAAGGCUAUGGAAAAAGUCAGCUGUUGGCUGAAAUAAACUUCCUGGCCCAGAAGGAAGGGCACAGGGUGUUGCCAUUGAAGCUGAAGGAAGCAGAUUCCACGCAGUGCUUCUAUGCCAUCCAGACCCUCAUGGCCAUCUUCUUUGAGAUUGAUAUAUGCCCAGCCUAUUACCGGCAAGAGUGCCUACACAAACAGCUCCGUGAGAUGGUGGAGGAACGACUUCACUGCCUUUUUAAUGACCUCUUCUUUGUGAAGUUUCCCUUAUCCUUCAGAGUUUCGCACAUGGAUGACCUGGCCAGACAAAAGAAGGUUAAAGCGUGUAUCUUUCAAGUGCUUCAGAAGGCAGUGAGGGAAACACCACUGAUCUUCCUCAUUGAUGAGGCCCAGUAUAUGGAUGCACCUUCCUGGGAGUUUUUAGGAACAUUGCUCUCCAGCAUUCCCAUCAUCAUGGUGAUGACAUUGACCCCUACCUUCACCCUGUGUGGCUGGGCCCAGCACUUCCUACAGAGCCCUCAGGCUGUCCUUGUGCCCAUUUCGAAGUUGGCAGCGACCUCACUGUUGAGAAUGGCAUGUUGGGAACUGGGUGUGGUGAGCAUCCCCCAAGAGCUGCAGAUCUACCUUCUCCGCAGGUGCUUUGGAAACCCCCUGUACUGUGAGGUCCUUUGCCAGGACCUUCUCUCUAAGGAUAUAUUGCUCUUUCAUGACCUACAAAAGGAGGAGGAGGAGAACAGCAAGUGGGAGACCCUCUCAGCCAAUGCCAUGAAGUCCACAAUGUACAGUAUUUCUCCUGCCAGCUCUGAAGAAGACCAGGAACUUUAUGUCUGCACAGUCAAGGAUGAUGUGAACUUGGAUACAGUGCUUCUCCCACCGUUGUUAAAAGAAAUAGCAGUAAACCAACUGGAUCAGUUGAGCCCAGAGGAACAGUUACUCCUUAAGUGUGCUGCAGUCAUCGGCCACUCCUUCCACAUAGAUCUGCUGCAGCACCUCCUGCCUGGCUGGGAUAAAAAUAAGCUACUUCAGGUGCUGAGGGCUCUUGUGGAUAUACACGUGCUCCGCUGGUCCAACAAGAGCCAGGAGCUUCCUGUUGAACCAAUAUUAGUGCCUUCCUCUAUCGAGAUUAUUAAACAAACCAAAGAGAAGAGGAGAAAGUCAGAUGCUGGCUUUCCUCUCAGGCUACAAGAGGAACUCUCCCUACCUCAGACUGAGUUGCUAGAGUUUGGAGUGCCUCUAUUACGGGAAGCGGCUUGGGAACUGUGGCCCAAAGCACAACAGAUAGCCCUGCACCUUGAAUGUGCCUGCUUUCUCCAAGAUUUGGCCUGCCGCUGCGGGAGCUGUCAUGGGGGGGACUUUGUCUCCUUCCACCGUUUCGCCAUCUGUCCUACUAAGACGUCCAGCAGGACCUCCCAGUUCUGUAGUUACAAAGAUACCGGCUCAGUACUAACACAAGUGAUCACAGACAGAUUGCAGCUGCCUUCUCCCCAAGAUAGUUUUCAGUUCCAGACAAAACCAUCCAGAAGUCAACCAUCCAGAAAUCAGGAGGCCUUCGCAAGUGAACACUGCAGAACUGAGGAAGAGUUCCUGGAUCAAGUGAACAGGAAGCUGGCUCAGAGCAGCCCUGAGAAAGACAUGUUGACCGCGAAGCCCUGUCACUGUGAGGAAAUCCUGAAGUUGGUGCUGUCACCCCUCACCCAGCACUGCCUGAUCAUCGGAGAAACCACUUGUGCAUUUUAUUACCUGCUGGAGGCUGCGGCUGCCGCCUUGGACCUGUCAGAUAAUUACAUGGCCUUCUUUUAUCUGAGGAAGGCAAGCAGUCUUCUGGGCCAACGCUCAGCAUUCUCGUUUUGGAAAAAGCACAAGGUGAAGAUCUGUCAGUUUGAGGAGGCCACUUUCUGCCAUCUUCGGUCAGAGGUCUGUUUCAACAUGGGACAGAUCACCUUGGCCAAAAAAUUGGCUAGGCAAGCUCUUCGACUGCUGAAAAGGAAUUUCCCUUGGACCUGGUUUGGUGUCCUUUUCCAAACAUUUCUGGAAAAAUAUUGGCGUUCCUGUUCCCUAAGCCAACCUCCAAACAACCCUAGUGAGAAUAAGAAAAAGUUGGCAGUCCUGCAGCAGCGGGUGCACUGCCUCUCUCUGCUCUGGCAGCUCUAUAACCUGGAGGCCACAGCCAGCAGCCGCAGGUUUGCCUGCCUGGCUGCUCUUAUGCAGAAGAAUUCAGCUAAGGAGUUUGCAAAUGAAGCCCAAGUUGUCUCUACCUACGUGGCCCUCUCCCAAUUCUCCCAGAACGUGGGUGACAGGGAGAAGUGGCUGCACUGUGAGCAGAUGGCCAUUCGGAAAAGCAGCCUGUGUUGGUUCUCCAGGGAGGGAUUGUUGGCCACAGCCCAGCUCGUGCAGGCCUUGUCCUACACCAAGCUCUGCCUCGGCCACCUUGACUUCUCCAUCAAGCUGGGUUUUCAAGCUCAUGAGAUAUGCAGACACCUCAAGAAACCAGCUCUGCAGAAUCUGGUUCUCUCAGUUCUCUUCAGAUCUGCAUUUCUAAAGAAGAACAGAUUUGAUCUGUGUAUCCAUGUGCUGGAGAGUCAGUGGGCGCUCAUUUCCCAGGGUCAUGAUGUCCUUGGCCUGGCCUGCUUCUACUCUGCUUGCUUAGAUCUGCUGCUCUAUGGAAAAGGAUUGCUGUGUCGGCCCUUUGAGGAGUGUCUGCAUUUCAUUCAACGCUAUGAGGACAGCUGCAUUCUUACCUCUCAGAGCAAUGUCAUGCUGGGGAUCCACUCCUCUCUGGCCAUGUGGUUUGCCCAGGACUCACAGUGGAACCUGUUUGAGCACCACUUCUCCAAGGCUCGCCACUUGGUGAAAAGAACCAAUGCCUCACUAUUUGGUUCACACGGCUUUGUUCGAUUCCUAGAGUGCCAUGUGCUAAUGUUACAGAAAAUGCCAGAGGGUGUCUUCGUGCAUAUUCCCCCAGAGGCUCACAGCCAAACCCUCAAGUACUUUAAGGAGUUCUUCACUCGAUGUGUGACCUGCCCUGUCUAUCACCAGUGGGUCUCUGAGCUUAAAGCCUCUGUGAUGAGAUAUGGAAAGAGAGAAUCCAUGUCCUUGACUAACAUCAUCAGACCUUUUGACACCUGCUUGACCAGGAUUUGGAUGGAGGGAGACUGCCCAGAGGAAAACAACUCCUUUGAAGGAAAUUUAGGAAUUCAGAGAUUUGACAGAGUGGCUGAUGUCAAGGAGAAUAAGGAUGAAGAAGAAAUUCAAGAAUGUAUAUGUUAAAACAACAGCAAAAAAAUCAUCUGCAGGGACCAUGAUUCUCUUAUUGUAUACAACACAAAGAAAUCCCCCAAGUUCUCCU